AUGGCGAAGCGAAAGCAGCGAAUUACCGGAGCGGUUCAGCCUCAGCCUCUUAAGACGCAGAAGCGUAUGCGCAGAGCUAAGCCGAUUUGCUCCUGCAGCUCUCCUCGUUUCUCUUCUUCUGGCCCAGUCUUCACCUGUUACGAGCAGGACGUGUGGACGGAGAUCACGAGGUUUCUGGACGGAAAAUCACUGGUGAUGCUCGCUGCGACAUGUCGUUGGUUCAACUCGCUGGUCAUGGAAGGGAGCGUAUGGAGGUACUUGUGCCUCCGUGAUCUCCAGGUCCCUGCUCCUCGCCACCCGGCGGCUUUCGAUUGGAAGAAGCUCUACAUUUCCUGUACCAAUGGGAGUCACUCUUACAUGUUCCGGCAGCCGGAGAAGCAUAUCGACUGGAUGCGCAUUGGUGCGUUUUUCGUGGAAUCCUCUUUGGUACCUACAGAAAGGCUGAAGUUUCCUGAGGAGGAUAGCGUUCAGAAAAUGCUGGAUUCCUGCGGCAGUUGUGUGUUGAACGAUGUCAGACCUGGAAUAUGGAUUGCAGAAGAAAAACUUGGUUUAUGCGUAUGUUUCAUUAUUGCCGAUUUGAAUUUAUUGACUGCAUACUGAGAAAGCUUGGAAACAUCAACAGGAACAAUGCAGACAUUGGAUACAAGGCAUAUCGAACUGUUCUUGAGAGAGGGAUACCAGGAUGGUAGCUGGGAAUAUGAACUCAUUGGAAUUCAGAAUGUCAGAAAGCAUGUUGACGGUGCUUCUGGAGCCAUUUUUGAUAUCAAACACCUCAAAGAGUCUUCAACUUCAGCAGUCUUCAACCUCAACUCAUGGGUGGGCAAACCAAAGGCUGUGAUCACAAUGCACGCAGUUGCUGUCAACACAAAUCUGCAGAAAAAUGAAGGCCUGCAUGUCAAAUACCAUGUCAUGAGAGCUGGAGCUGGAGGAGAAGUCGUGUCUAUUCGAAUCUCGCAGCAGCUUCUGUAGAGUCCCGAUAGUCCCACUUGAUUUAGCCAAAGGGCGUUUGUACUUUUUUUGGAUGCA